GGGAAGCAUCUAACAGGCUGACUAUUGUAAGCCAACAGGUGGGUGCUCUGAGGCAAGACCAUGAACAAUCAAAUGGUCUGAAAGUACAUCUGACAUAAUUAGACUAAUCUUUGAUGGACUAUUGUUAGGAGAAGUUAGGGAGUAGUGCUCGAGUGUGGGUCAAGGACAAGCCAUGGGGUCCUUUCUGGUGCUUGGGUGUAACUGUAGAUCAAGUUUUUAGGUUCUGGUUUUUGUUUUGUUUUGUUUUUGUUUUUGUUUUUUCUUCCUUUCUUUCUUUCUUUCUUUCUUUUUUUUUUUUUUUUGAUGAUGGGGUUUGGUCUCAAGAUAAAGUAGGUUUGGCCUCUCAGAACCAUGUGGAUGCAUUGGUGUGGAAGCAGCACCGUUCUGAGAGGAGGGUGCAGAGCCCAUCCUUAGCAGGGGUCAGAGAACCCUCUCAAUUAUGGAAGACUGCAGCAGCCAAGAAGUCAAGUCGGUUCUGAAGGAUAGUGUGCUGAUCUGAAAUUUUUUUUUUUUAAGGUUUUCUGAGAGCUGGUGAAACAGAGGUUAAUUGAUGAAAGAAAAGUCUUGUGAGAGUAACUUUUGUUCUCUUGAUGUAACUGUCCUCAUGCAGGCUCACUGCCUCAGUCUACUGACUUAGGCCUGGUCCUGGAAGCUUCUACCCUCUGUACGGUCUUAUCUAGGCCUGGAGUGUUUUCAGUCUCUCAGACUUACUGCUGAAUAAGCUCAAUCUUUCUAGUUCUUUCUGAGCUCUGGCUGACUGGUUUAACUCGGCUGUUCUGGUUCAAACUCCUCUCCACACUGACUGAUUAAACCUGGCUUCUCUAGGCGUCUCCUGAAUUGCUCUGCUUGGCCUCAAACUAACUCUGGCAAUCUGUUCUAAUCGUCUGUCUCCUUCUCCUUCUCUGGCUUGGUCUGUCUCCAUCUGGACCUAGCCGUCUCUCUGCAACCUGCCUCUGCAACUGUCCUAACAAAACUGCUUCCUCUCUCUGCACUGCCCUCAGUAGCUUCGCUUUCCUCUCUCUCCUCUUGAGAGUUGGGCAGAUCCUGUUCUGUCGAAUCUUUCUCCGAUUUCUCGCUAUGUCUGCCACUCAAUUAGACAUCACUUUCAAACCUCGUGCAACUUUACCUUCAUUGUUUAGGAUGAAAGGUGUGUGCUAAGAGCAUGUCUGUAUUUCAGCCAGAGGUUGUGUGCUGAGGGCUGAACCACACCACAACUAGAAAGAGGGUUUUUUUGUUUUUGUUUUUAAGCAAAUAACACAAUUUCGGGAUUCACUGAAGUGGAAUGUUCUGGUUGUGUCACGUAAUACAGACUCAUGUGGUAUCUUGCUAAGGCAUACUCACAUGGAGUUUUGCUGAGGCAAGGCCCGUGAGAGGACACAUGAUGUUUAAAGAGAGUAUAAACAGGACUCAACAGACAGUGACGGGGGCACUUGCAUAGCUAGCCUUGCAACACUCAGUUGGUCCCGAAUCUUCACUGAUCUUCACUUUGUUGAGAGAGGGACAGCAGAGAGCUUCUGGCUGGACCUGGUGGCUCCCACCAACUCCUGCCGAUUCAGCAGAGGCCUGGCAGUUUCUGCUGGAUUGUGCCACAGCUGCUGAUUUGUGUUUGGUAUCCUGAUACUACUGAACUAGACUGCUGGUAUCCUGACAGCAGUUUUAAAAGAUCUAAGCCUACAACUCACAAUGUAAUCAAAUAUUCUGCAACCAAGUCGUCAGUCUAGCUUACAGCCGUGGUGUAAGUCAAACAGUGGAGGCACGUGUCUUGAACUCAGCAGGUGGAUCUCUGAGUUCAAGGCCAACCUGGUCUACAGAGUGACUUCCAGGACUGCCAGGACUACAGAGAAACCUUGUGUCAAAAAACCAAAAGGGUGUGUAGAGGAAAUCUUUACCAUGUAGUGACUCUCCUUGUAGACUGGGUGCUGGUUAGAGUUCACUGAGGUGACUUUCCACAGUUCCAGAGAUCGUCCACAAUCCUCUGGGGCCUCAUUGAUCUUGGAGGGCAAGGGGAAAAUUUCUCCGUUUUAGUCCUCUGACAGCAUUAGAACAACCUCCAAGCAUGGUUACUGAACACCCAGAAGAUCAGCUAUGCCAGUUUGGUACUUUACUGUAUGAUGUUUAAUAGCCAGAUAUUUCUAAAUAAAUUUGUAUUUGACAUACAUUUUAGCCAGUUUUUGUAACUGUUGAUCUUAAACCAUAUACAUUAUCUUUACCUUUCGUCUUUUGUGCACUUUAAAUAACUUAUUCAAAUCUCUAUAACUUGCAAAAGCUUUCUAGGUUUUUUGUUUGUUUGUUUUGGUUUUUUUUGCCUUUCUAUUCUAGAAACACUCAUCCAUCUAAGUCUUCAUACAUGAGACUCCUUCUUUACAAAACAGUUUCUACAGGGCUGGAGAGAUGGCUCAGUGGGUAAGAGCACUGACUGUUUUUUUUUUUUUUUUUUUUUUUUUUUUGGUUCUUUUUUUCGGAGCUGGGGACCGAACCCAGGGCCUUGCGCUUCCUAGGCAAGCGCUCUACCACUGAGCUAAAUCCCCAACCCCCUGACUGUUUUUCCAAAGGUCCCAAGUUCAAUUCCUAGCAACCCAUGGGGGCUCACAAGCAUGCAUAAUGAGAUCUGGUGCUCUCUUCUGACCCAUGCAGGCAGAACACUGUAUAUAUAAUAAAUAAAUCUUAAAAAAAAAAAAAAAGAAAGAAAAAGAAGAAGAAAAAACAGUUUCUACAGGGCUGGUGAGAUGGCUCAGUGGUUAAGAGCAUUGACUGCUCUUCCAGAGGUCCUGAGUUCAAUUUCCAGCAACCACAUGGUGGCUCACAACCAUCUGCAAUGGGAUCUGGUGCCCUCUUCUGACUUGGUGUACAUGCAGGCAGAGCACUGUAUACAUAAUAAAUAAAUAAUGUCUCUUUAAAAAAAACAAACAAAAAACAAAAACCAAAAACAGUUUCUACCUGCUCUCCUCAAGCACACACAUGUAUUUGCACACAUGUGCACAUACCCACAGGAACAUGUUCAUACCUACCCCACCCCCAAAAGAAUCUGUGUAAUUCGACAAAAGGCAAUCCAACUAGAAAAUAGUCCUAAGAUUGGAAUGAAUUUGUCCAUACAAAUUCAUACAAAAUGGGCUGGAGAGAUGGCUCAGCGGUUAAGAGCACCCGACUGCUCUUCCAGAGGUCAUGAGUUCAAUUCCCAGCAACCACAUGGUGGCUCACAACCAUCUGUAAAGAGAUCUGAUGCCCUCUUCUGGUGUAUCUGAAGACAGCUACAGUGUACUUAUAUAUAAUAAAUAAAUAAAUAAAAAAAAAUUCAUACAAAAUAUGGAUGGCUAAAGUGUACAAGGUCAACCAUAUUAAUCAUUAGGAGAAUUGAAAUCAAGCCCACAAAUACCAUUUGAUAGUCAGCAGGAGAACCUGUCAAGGAAAGAAUUAGAACUGAAAAUACUCCUCGUCCUUGGGCUGGGGUGGUGGGUAGGUGGAUUAGCGUGCGUGCUGCACAAGCAUGAGGAUUUGCGUGUGAGUCGUCAGCAUACAUGUAAAAAGCCAGGUGUGACUGUGUGCUUGUAACUCCAGCACAGCUGAGACAGGGGGAUCGCUGGGGCUGUGCACCUUCUGCCUAGCUCUAGUUCCAAGAGAGACCCUAUGUCACAGCGCUAGAUUGGGUAAGACACCCACCAUUCUAGGCACACCCGUCCUCCAUUUGCACACAAACAUACACACACACACACACAGACACACACACACACACACACACACACACACACACGCUAGGAAAGAGCAAAGAUAAAGAGAAAAACUUCACCCUUUGACCCAGAAAGUUAUGUUGAAACAUUCUACAGAUAUAGGUGCAUUAAAAUAUAUAGAAACUGAUAGCGUGACUGCUCCAUGGUGUGGUUAAGGCGAGGUUUUUAAUGUAGAUAUGAGGUCAAGGACAUCGAGAGAAAGCAGUAGACUGAACCUGGCCAAGAGAAGCAGGAACAGACUAGGAGAAGACGGGUGAGAGGAGGAGAAAAAGAGAGGGCCAAAGACAAAGCCCAGAUAGCAGGGUUAUAGAAUGAGUAACGGGAAGGAAGCUGUGACUAGGGGAGCCAGGGUCGGGGAGCAAGGUGGGAAGAAGAGCUAGAAGACUGGACUCUGAUGUGUGUAACAGGCACGUGUGUGUGACACUGAGGGAGCCUGGCUACAGUAUGCUAAUAGUCACCACAGACAGCCCCUUGACCCUCUGCCAGUGGUAAGGGAAAUAGCUCCUUUUGGCUUUUCGAGUUCCUGGAGAAUGCUGACUUUUGUCUAGCCACCAGAAUUUGGGGGAAAUGGAGUUUUGAGGAAAAUGACAGUGUAUACCAAGGAUAUUGAUUGUGGCCAUAUUGCUUGUUCAAAAACCAAACCUCAAAACCAAAAGCAAUCUUAAUGCCAUAAACAAGGGUACACAAAGGUAAUAAUAUAUGAUAUUAUGGUUAGGCAAAUAUAAGGGAUUGUUUUAGGUUUAUUAUUUGAAAGAGAAGGUGUGCGUGUGGUGUCUAGAAGAGGCUGUCCUGAUGUGCUUUCCGCUGCUGUGGUGUGUAGUUUCUACUACUCCACUUUAAGUUCUGGGUGGACUGUGCUACCAGCCAUCAGCCUGGUUCCCUUGGAUCCUUGGUGAAAGGCACACACACAUUAACUUAUUUUUUUAAGAUUAUUUAUUUAUUUAUUAUUUAUUUAUUUAUUAUAGAUGAGUACACUGUAGCUGUCUUCAGACGUGCCAGAAGAGGGCAUCAGAUCCCAUUACAGAUGGUUGUGAGCCACCAUGUGCUUGCUGAGAUUUGAACUCAGGACCUCUGGAAGAGCAGUCAGUGCUCUUAACCACUGAGCCAUCUCUCUAGCCCAACUUAUUUUUAAUAUGUUUUUUUAGCUCAAUGGCCAGACAUUUCUAAACCUCCUGCCGCUAACCUGCUCUUACCUUCACUCCCAGCUCAACACCUGUAAAUCUGCCAACUUAGUUGCCCUGGUACCUUGUCCUUGCUCAGCACCCUAACUCUGUCCUCAGCUUAGUCGCAUUUCUGAUCUCUCGCCUGCUACCCAGGGCUCAGUCAGGAAAGUAGCCACUCCUCCCCCCAACCCCCUCCUGAGAUCUCACAUGCAUGGUAAAUUCUCUUUCCUCCUCUUGCGCCCCACAGCCUGCCUGUGGGAACCUGGAAGUCCUGCCUCUUCCACCCAGUCAUUGGCUGCUACAACUUAACUGAUCGAUCAAGAACCAAUUGGGGAACAAGACCUUCAGCGUUCACAGAUCAGAACCACCCCCUACAGUGCCGUGACAAACACCGUGACAAACACCGUGACUAAAAACAGCCUUCAGUUCAUCAUGAAGGGAAGUCAGGGCAAGAACCUAGAGGCAGGAACUGAAGCAAGGGUCCCCAGGGGUGCUGCUUACUGGCUUGCUUCCCAUGGCUUACUCAGUUUGCUUUCUUACACAACCCAGGGCCACUUACAUAGGUGUGGCACUGCCCAUGUAUACUUGCCCCUCACACAUUAAUCAUUAAUCAAGACAUUGACCCACAAACGUUCCUACAGGGCAACCUGAUAGAAGCAUUUUUCUCAAUUGAGGUCACCUCUCUCUAGAUGACUCUAGCUCGUGUCAAGUUGACAAAAACCUAGCCAGCUGUCUUUUUUUUUUUUAAGAUUUAUUUAUUCAUUUAUUAUAUAUGCAUACACUGUAGCUGUCUUCAGAUACACCAGAAGAGGGCAUCAGAUCUCUUUACAGAUGGUUGUGAGCCACCAUGUGGUUGCUGGGAUUUGAACUCAGGACCUCUGGAAGAGCAGUUGGUGCUCUUAACCACUGAGCCAUCUCUCCAGCCCUAGCCAGCUGUCUUAGAUGGGGUUUCACUGCUGUGAAGAGACACCAUGACCAUGGCAACUCUUAUAAAGGACAUUUAAUUGGGGCUGGCUUUCAUGCUGGGAGGUUCAGUCAAUUAUGAUUAUCGAGGGAAGCAUGGCAGCAUCCAGGCAGGCAUGGCGCUGGAGGAGCUGAGAGUUCUACUUCUUGGACGAAGACUCACUUCCAGGAAGCUAGGAGAAAGGUUUCAAAGCCCACCUCCACAGUGACACACUUCCUCCAACAAGGCCACACCCGUCCUAACAGUGCCAUUCCUUGGGCCAAGCAUCUUCAAACCACCACACCAGCAUAGCAUCAUAUCCUUUGGAGCUGGAGUCACAGGCCUUUGUGAUCUGCUCAGCAUGGGUGCUGGGAUGGGAACACUGGUCCUCAUGAUAGAACAGUAUGUGAAUUAGGCAUUCUUAAUCACUGAUUAAACAUUGAUCUGGCCCCAACAGCAUUUUCAUUGUUACUAAAUUUUUCCCUCUCAAGAGGCUGAAUCAAUUUCUAUUCUUUUGACAACAAUUAGUAGGCCAUUUUGCUCAUAUUUUGCUUUGAUACAGAACAUAUUGUUUAACAUUUCUCCUAGCUUCCUGGAAGUGAGUCUUCUCAUGGCUGCCUUUCGUCCAAGAAGUAGAACAAAACAUUUCAUUGUUUUGUUUCUUUUAUUGAGGAAAUGUCCCAUCUAUUAUCUUGUAAUAUCCCUCUAUUGCUGAUCUUUUUCUUUGUUAUGUAGCCCGCUUUACUUGUUUGCUUGUUAAUGAUGCCAGUCCGGCACCUGUUGCUACACACUCUGAACUAUAUUGAGGAUUGUAGACAGCAGGGGGCUCUUAAGGGCUCCCCUUCUUCUACAGGUCUGGGAUGGAAACUACUCAGUGUGUUGAGGUUUGAGUUGGAGCAGGGACAGCAGUUGAAGGCCUCAGUGCUAUGUUCUUGCUGGGGUGAACACUUCAGGGAUUCUCAGUGUGGACCAUGAGGUUCUAUUAUACUACUGCUCUAGCAGAAUUUGUUGUCACGCCAGGAAAUGAGUUUGACAAAGUGGUUACUGAGGGCAAUGCCAGCCCCAGCAUCAAAGGUGGUAGUGGGUAUCUCAGGAGACAACCAGACCCUCUGAUGCCUGCAUCACUACCUUCUUGAUGUCAUUGUGGUGGUUUGAGUAAAAAUGGCUCACAUGGGCUCCUAAGGAGUGGCACUGUUUGGAGUAGGUAUGGCCUUGUUGGAAGAAGUGUGUCACUGGUCGGUGGGCUUUGAAGUUAGGGCCACAUUGUCACCUAAUCCAUGGCUACUUCUCCACUCCUUCUCUGUCCCUUGUGGUUCCCUCUGAGGCCUAGGCCUGGGACCCCUAAACCCCACUAUUGGCUAUCAGCAUCUUUAUUUACCAAUCAGAAAUAACGGGGGGGGGCAGGUCACAUGGUUGCAAUCUCUGGGGCAACCAGGUCCAGGGGCCUGCACUUAACAUUAUAAUACACAGCAAAAGACCAGAGCUCAACAGGCACAAAGAAAGGCUACUGUGGUCGCUCGUGCUGCGAUCGUAUUCUACUGCUUUAAUGAAAGGUUUUCCAGAUCCAAGUGUUUUCUUCUUAAGAGCCUAUCAUCUCGUGCAAGUUGAGGUCAUGGGCUUUGUGUUUUGUUUUGUCUCCCUAUUUGUGUUCCUCUCACCUUGUCGUUCCGGCUAAUAAUUCUGAACCCAACACCUUCCGUAACCAGGCAAGGUUUCUCGUGGGGGGACUGGGACAAGAACACAGCCACAAACCUUCGACCUAGAAUUUGUCCUGCCUGCACAGCGUGCUGUGGUGCAUGCAGAACUUGUGGGAGUAGCCAACCCACGACAGCUGGAACUUGAGACCCCGGCCACAAGAGGGAGCCCAUGCCUGACACUGCCUGGAUGGCUAGGAACCAGAGGCCGGAGAGCCCAGAGACCUACGAUGCAGCCAAAGACAACAGCAAGCAAGCAAGGGGGGAAAGUCAGAGAAGUUAUUCCUAAUGAUACUCUGCUAUAUGCCGAGAUUGGAGCCCAGUCAUCAUCAGAGAGGCUUCGCCCAGCAACUGAUGGGAGCAGAGACCACAGCCAAACAUUAGGUGGAGCUUGGGGAAUCACAGGAAGAGGGGGAGGAAGGAUUGUAGAGGUCAGAGAGAUCAAGGGCACCCCAAGAACACAGCCCAUAGAAUCAACUAAGCAGGGCUCACAGAGGAUCACAGAGACGAAAGUGACAAUCACAGGCCCUGCACAGGUCUGUGCUAGGUCCUCUACGUAUGUUAUGGUUGUGUAGCUUGCUGUUCCUGUGGGUCUCCUAACAGCGGGGGCUGUCUCUGACUUUUUUUCCUGUGCUUGGGACCCUUUUCCUCCUACCGGGUUACCUCGUCCAGGCGUGAUAGGAGGGUUUGUGCCUAGUCCUAUAAUAACUUGUUGUCCCAUGUUUGGUUGAUAUCCCCAGGAUGCCUGCUCUUUUCUGAAGGGAAAUGGAGGAGGAGUGGAUAUGAGGUGAGGAAGGCUGGGAAGAGAAGAGGGAGAGGAAAUGGUAGUCAGAAUGAAAGAUAUGAGCAAAGAAUAAAACAAACGCUUCGGCCACUAAAUUGAAUAAGAGUGGAGAGAGUUAAUAGGCUGUUGUGUUAAUAAUCUUAGAAAAGACACUUGUCACUUUUCCCAUCUAGUAGACUGUUGGCUGUAGUUUGGGUUCCUCAGUGAAGACAGUAGAAGAGAUGAUUUACUUAUUGUGUGUAUACAUACCUCGUUCUGGGAGCGGUGUGAUGGGCCUCUCAGGGGAGUCUCAGCUAAAACGUGGUGAUGGCAGAUGGAGCUCCACUGAGAGAGAAGCUGGACAGCAGCUGCAGGCCUCUGAGGGUGGCCUCCGUGGCCUUUACUCUACCCUGAGGGCUGCUCUGGCACAGGCUUCUCAGCUUAUCUCACCUCACUGAGCUCCUGGGCUUGGUGUGCACACUUGGUUUUCCCACUUGGCAGAGGUCUCUAAGCGUAAGGACUAGAAUUGAACAGGUUCCUUAGCGAUUUAUCUGGUGCAGUUGACCUCGGGUCUGUGAGUUUAUAAAGUUUUCUGAUGUCUCUUCAGAUGUGUUUAGUUCCCUUUUGUGUGGCGGUGUCAAUUGUGCACACGUUACAUGGCUUGGCGUGAGUGACUCAGUCUGUGCUCGUUUGGACAGUGAGCUGGGUCUUCAAAUCACCGAUCUCUUCUUUUUUCGUGUUUAUUUGCUGUUAACCCACCUGGCUUACUGCUUAAAAAAAUUCAAUAUCUAAUUUUUUGUAUGAAUAUUUUGCCUGCAUGCGUGUUUGUUUACCACAUGUGUACCUGGUCCCUGUGGAGGUCAGGAGAGGGCAUCAUAUCUCCAAGAACAGGAGUUACAGGGGCCUGUGAGCACCUGGAUGGGUGCUGGGAAUUGAACCCCAGACCUCUGAGAGAGCAGUCAGUGCUCUUGACCUCUGACCCAUCUCUUCAGCCCCUGUUCCUCUUUUUUCUUUUUUCUUUUCUUUUCUUUUUUUCGGAGCUGGGGACCGAACCCAGGGCCUUGCGCUUGCUAGGCAAGCGCUCUACCACUGAGCUAAAUCCCCAACCCCCUGUUCCUCUUUUUUCAUUUCAGAUAUUUUUCCUCUGAAGGACUCCGAGUCUUUUCACUCUUCCGUUCCCUCCUUGUACACUCGUGGCUUCCUGACUGUAUGAAGUGCAGUUACAGUCGCUCACUACAGUCUGCCACUUCCUUUAACUCUCGUUUCUGCGUCAGCUUUCCGUGAGUUUUAAAAAAUGUUUUGCGAUUCUAGGUUGUGUCCUCUUAAAAUUUAUAAUAGCGGCUCUUAAUUGGUCGCCUCUCAGCUCUGAUUGCUCCCUGCCCUUGGAAAGGCUGGGCACACAAAGCCCUUCUCCCUUGCCGAUGCUAAUCUUUAUCCGAGGGUGGCUUUUGAGGAGAAAUGGUUCCUUUCGGUUCUGUGUGCUUUGUUGGUGCUGUCCUCUGGGUCGGGCUGGCAUGAGGGUCCGACGGCUGCCUUAGGCGUGCUCCAUUUGGUUCGGUUGGCUUCUGGCAAUGCCCUGGUGAGUUCGGUGUUUUGGACCAGCCUCCUAACGGUGGAGGAAGCUGGAAAAUCAAAGACAGAGGCAGAUGGAUGCAGGAUUUCACAAAGUCUUACUUAUUAUUUGAUUUAAUCGUUUUGAGACAGCGUCUGGAUUUGGAGCUAUGGCUGGCCAGACUUGAGGUAACCCUCCUAUGUCACCCCCUCAGGUGCUGGAGGUUAUAAGGUUAUAUCACCAUAUCCAACUUACCAAGUCCAACUUACCAGAGACUUUAAGUGGAAGUGUAUCCUGGAUAUUGGCAAGACCAGUGUCCCCAUACCCUAAGGCAGGGAAAGGAGCAUAUAUGCCAGGCUAGACGAAGGACCUGCAGCCAACUGAAAUACCUUCGGCUUUUCUCUGCUCUUGACAUAGUAAGGGUCAGUUAAAAGGCUAGGGCCACCUAGGCAGUUCAGUGGGCAAAGGUGCCCGCUGCAACUCUAAUAAGAGGAAGACCCAGCACUUAGACCUGCGUGCCGAGAGGAGAGACUCAACUCCUGUGAGCUGUGUUCUGACACCCACAUGUUCGCCGAGACCCCCCCACGCCUGUACCAUACACACAUCAUACAUCAAUAAUAAUAAGUCAUUUUAGAUGAUUUGAAGGGCGUUAGAGAAGUGGUUCAGCAGUUAAGAGAGAGUGCUGCUUUCCAGAGGUUCUAGAUUUGUUUCUCAGCAUGACGUCAGGUGCCCACAUCUGCCUGUCAAUUCCAACUGCAGGGGAUUUGAGGCUGCCUUCUGGCCUCUGAGGGCACCUGGAUGCGCUGGUGUACAAACGUACAAAUACGUACGGGCACCAAAUAAGUAGACACACAAGUAGACACACGGAUGUCAAGGAGAAGGAGAAGCAGCAGCUUAGGUGUUGCGGAUGACUGUUGUAACCGUGUUCAUCCUUAGGGGGUAGACUGAGGGACAGCAUCAGGCUAGGCAUGACGGCAGUUACAGCCAAGAUGGCUGUGGUCACAUCAAGUUGGAUCCCUGUAAGUGACCUUCACCCCCCAUACCAGGGUGCCUUUGUCUUCCCACCACUUCCACUGGCAUCAUUCUAGCUGACUUUAUCACCAUCUUUGCAGGUAGCUCUUGGCCACCAGCCUGGAACAGUCGAGGGUCUCUGCCAUCCUGUGUGGUGGGGGUAGGGCAGCGAUGACCACCCACUUCGCCAGAUCUGAAUCCUUCCCUGGUUCCCAUUCUGAGGUGUUGUAUGGCAUUUUCUUUUGCUUCUGCCUAGUCGACUCCCUGCUGAUAUUUAAUAGUCCUCUAUGUGAAAGUUCUGUUGCUUGAAACCCUGCAUGGCUUCCGUUUCCUGAGAGGAUGCUCACUGCUGGCCUGCACCUUUCACUGGGCGUCAGGAGUUUUAACCGUUGGUGGCCUCUGUUGUAGUCCUUUCAGUGGUGUUGGACUCUGGCUUGGCAGGCAGAGUUCCUUGGUCUUCAGAAGUUUCUAAGCUCGGGUCAAGUAGUCCAGAGCGGCCUUGGUCCUACAGUUAACAUCCUAUUUCUAAGGCGAUGCCCCUCAGAGUAUUCUAGCCAACACUCGCGAGUUGGUAAGGUGGCUUGUGGGUGCCCAAAGUGUUCUUAUCCUGCUCUGAGCCCUGGAGACUGUUCACCUGUUGCUUUACAUACAGAUGUAUAUGCACACACAUGCGCACACACAUAUGAUAUAUAUGUAAUUACUCUGACAUUUUCCUCACUUUCACGUAGUUUCCCAAGCAUGGGUAAAUCUUGAAGCUGUAGGCCAAGAGAGUUUUCCUCACCCUGGAGGCUAAUCUGCGCCUCCACUUCCUCUCCAACUUUACACUGUUAAUUGUAGCCACUUCGGCUGCCCGAGCCCUGUCUUCUGAACUCAAGGGCUCUCUGCUUCCCACGCCGCCAUCUGGGCUCUCCUUCCAGCUGGGGUUGGUGUAGUCAAGAGCUCUCUUAGCUCAUUUUUCACAUCCCCGCGCUCUGUCCCGCUCUGUUGAAACUGCUGCAUCGUGUAUGCCUCUGGUGUCUAACUAUUUCAGGUUCUCUCUUGAAUGCAAACAGAACAAACGAGCUGGCGUGUCAGGAUUGUGAUAAAACUAAAAAACAAGUAGUGCUAUUGGUUAAGAAACUGAGCCCACUGACACUCCCUUUUCUUCUUCCAUAACCAGCUACAAUGUAAAUGUGAAUAUCAAGGAGUCUAUAGAGGGUGGUGGCCUCCCAGCCCUCCCGUCUUUCCAUCUUGCUGCUGUGGUGUCUUUAGUGAGCUGAGAUGCCUCUGUAGAUUGAUGCCUUCUCUCAAGGAGUCCAAGAAAGGAACUGAACCCUUAAAGACAGGGCUACUGCCUUACCCCAGCAGCCCCACAGGCCCCACAAAUCUACACGUCUGGCCAAUCCUGGCUUUGGGUUGACCAGAGACAAAAGGCUAACCCUACCUUAACUCUUAGGAACGCUUCCUGUUUCUGCCCAAGCUGGAAGAGAAGUGCUAACCUCUGAUGGUCAUAAAGUUGAGAAUCCAGAUGCUACCCUCACAUGGUGAGUGGGCGUGGGUGUACACUGAGGAGACCUCUGUUGCUUCUCAGAGUUGUGUGACUUCAUCUAAGGGUUAACAUCAGGCAGCUGCCCUUCCCAUUUCCCCCUUGGGGUGCCUUCCCAUUCCACAGCCAGUGCUUCAACUCCACUUGCCCCUAAGAGUUGUACCCAGACCUGUGACCAGAGUGUGGCAUCGGGGCUAUGUCUGACUAUUCAGGUACCUCAGAGACGGUAGGUAGGUGGAUGGCUUUCUGAUGUAAGCUUUGGGUGAUGAAUGUCUAGGAGGGCAGCACUGUGCUUUGUUCUUGUGAAUGCUGACUCUCCCUGGUCUUGUGUGGAUGUCCUCACCCCAGAGAAAGGUCCAGUUAAGAGAAGAGAGCAUGGGGUGUGGGAGAAGCCCUCCCAGGAACCAUGUUCUCACAGUUGAGGCAGGACUGCCUGGGCUGGGGCUGCCUUGCCUCACUCUUGUUGCACAGAGCAGAGAGAACCUGGUGUGCUGCAGUCUCAAUCUUUGGGAGGCAGAACAGGUGGAUCUUUGUGAGUUCAAGGCCAGCCUCAUCUACAUGGCAAACUCCAGGCAGUCUAGGACUACAUAGAGAAACCUUGUCUUAUUUUUGAAACAGAACAAAAGUGGAGACAGGCACAGCCACAAGGCCAGGACCAGGGUUGGGAAGUCUGAGAGAGCAGCUCCCAGGAAAGACUGAGCAGAGCUGGACAAACAGUGGUUAUUAUACAGAGGGGGCACUGUCUGCAGUGCCAUUGGCCUGAGUUGUUGGCUCAUACAAGACUCCAGGUUGGGUGCAGGAAGCCACCUCUUCAUGGAGACAGCACGUGACUCCUCUCUGAGAGCAGCUACCCGACAGUUCUCUGGCUUUUGCCCACCACACUAUGUAGGGUUUCUCAGAGUAUCUUCUUCUGCAAAGUGGCCCAGGGCCUCCUUCACCCUCUCUCAUAUUAGAGGUGUGCUUUGCAGCUCCAUAGGUCACUUGUCACCCACCUGGACCGGGGAUGUGGAAGCUGGAGGACAGAGGCCUGACCUGGCAAGCUUCAUGCCAGGUGCUUGUGCUGUGGGCUGUGCCGGAGCCCAGGAAAGGUCUACUGGCCUCCCCUUCACCCAGCGGGCUCUUGGUAUGCUGUGGUAUUCCAGGGUAUACCCAUGACCCAGCGCUGGUGGAGUUUAGAUUGCCCUCUGUCCUAUUGCUAUAAAGAAACACAAUGGCCAAGGCAAUUGUGACCAAAGAAAGCAUUCGAUUGGGGCUGGCUUGCAGGUUCAGAGGUCGAAUCCAUUGUGGGCAGCAUGGCGGCAUGCAAGCAGGCACUGGAGCAGUAGCUGAGAGCUACAUCUGUGAUCCACAGGCUAAGUGGGAGCCUGGGCCUGGCAUGAGCUUUGGUGACCUCAAAGCCUACCCUCAGUGACGCACUUCCUCCAACAAAGUCACACCUACUCCAGCAACGCCACCAUUCCUAGUCCUUCUAAUCCCUUCAAACCGUUCCACUCCCUUAUAACUACACAUCCAAACAUACGGGUCUCUGGGGCCGUUCUUAUUCAAACCACCACUCCACUGAGUAUGAGACUGGCCACAAGUGUGUGCCAGAGGCCAUUAGUGGAGAGAAACUGGAGUGGGACAAGGUGUGCAAGGUGAACUGGAUGGUACAAACGUAACAUUACACCCAGCAGCUUUGCGUCAUGUACCCAUUGAGAACACGGGCUCUCUUCUCGCCUGUGGCUUAGGCUGCAAGGGCACUGACUUCUGCAGCAGUUUUUCCAUUUACAUGACCCCUAAAGACAGAACACAGAAAGGACAUCAGUAGCAGAAGCAGCAAGGGUUGGGGCAUGUGGGGGAGGGGCCUCAGCAGGGCCUGCGGGGGGGGGGGGGGGGCUCUGAUCUCACGUGCCAUGCAGGUGAACAUCAACUGUUCACUGGUGCGCUGGGCUCCGCAUGACUGGCCAAGCGUGCCGGUGCGGCAGCUGUGGGACUGAGCAACCCAGGUGCUGUCGUUCUGAGGAAUUUUCCACUCCAGGUUAAUGGCAUCUUUCCAGUGAGUAGGGCUGCUGAGCUUAGACUGGGUCCUGGGCAGCUUGCUGAGCUGAGGACUCCCUGGGGUCUGCUCUGGAAACAAGGCAAUGUCAUGGCAAAGAUAUGGCCACUGCCCUUGUCCCCAGGAUGCUGUGUCUAUGGGACCAGGGGACACUGACUCUGAGAAGUACCCAGUGGUUGAGAGGAAACAGUCCUGUGGCUAUAGUAGCUACCAAACCCGUGGGACCAUCUGGCCAGUGCCACCGGUGUAGUGGGUGAUAUUUGGGUGUCCCUAUUGCUCUCUGCUGUGUCUCUGCAGGGUCCCCAGACAAAGGAUGCCUGUCAGGAGGUGGUAGCUCUGGAAGGAGCAGAGUGGGCGAGCUUGCAGCUCAGCCACCCCACAGCUUUGUCUGUGUGAUGGGCUGAAGGCACCAGAGACUUUCACAGACAGGAGAAACAUGGUCUCUGCCUCAGGAAGCUGGUCUUGACGAGAGGCCGGCUGGGAACAAGGGCAAACACUGUUUGGCAAGCACCUUAAAAUAAACAGGUGAUAUGGCUAUGAGAAAAUGGAAGCAGGGCUGUUGUUGGGCGUUGGGACCACAGGGAAAUGAGGCUUUGCUAGGAGAGGUCACAUUUAAACCAAACCUGGAAUGACAAUAGAGGACUCAGUACUCAAGGGGAAAUGAAAGGCUUUGCUCUGGUGCCUUUGGCCCUCAUGGUCCGCAUUGGAUUUCAUGGGAAGAGCAAUGAGAACCGGACGACAGAUGUUAAGUAGGAGAAGAACGCGGUCAAAGAUCUGAUUACAAAGUUAUGAGGUGUUCUGAAGCCCCGGGAACUGUGGGGAGUCCUGAGGAGCAAGGAGGCCAUAGGAGCAUUGUUAAGGGAGUCCGUGUAGAGACUUCACUACAAGGAGAGCUAGGGAAUCCGGGUGCAUCGGGAGAAGCUGAGGGGAACAGGCUCCUAGGACUAGUCUCCGUGAGUUAAAAACCUGGAGAUGGGUAGGGCCACCAUGACUGAUGGGUAGGGAAGGCAGGACUGCUACUUGUGGUCUGCUAUGACUGGAAGGUUAGGAUGCCCAUCUGAGGCUAGGGGUGGCAGCCUGAGAUGAGGUCCUUACCUCAGAGGAGCUGAGACUGUAUCAAAACCAGGGAAGAAAUCCCCUUCCCCUUGGUCCUCAGACUCCCCCUCCCGCACCACAGACCCAGACCCCACCCGCAUUGUUUGCAUGAGCAGGAGUCUCCCUCCCCGUCACAGUUAGAUAAUUCUGAGUUUUCAUUAAGUCUAUUCUUGGAUGCCACACUGUGUCUUCUGCCUGGUGACUCAGAGUUUUCUGUUUUAAGGAAAUUUUUUUUAAGGAAAUUUUUUUAAAACGGUUUUUUUUGUUUGUUUUUUGUUUUUUUGUGACAUAUGAGUGACCAUGUCCCAGAAACACGGAUUUGGGUCUCCCAUAUUUUUGUUGUUGUUGUUUUUUGAUUUACAAAAUUUAAAAACUAAUUAUGGGACAUUUCAAUACAUUCAGACCAUUAAAAAUUGAUCAUCUUUCAUGCAUCUGUCCCCCUGCCUCUGGGGCUCCUGCCUCUGGGGCUACCUUGCCAAACUCAUCUUGACACACAGUGGCUUAUGGCUGGCAGUGUAACCCCAGCACCAUUAACCAAACCUGGAUACUGUUCAUCCUUCACCACCCCCCAUUCUCUUAAAAUUAAUUUUGAACACUAGUGGGACUUAAAUUUAAAAUGACUUGAUUGCCUCUUUUGUGUGUAUUGGGGGCACCUACAUCCUUAAACAUGCCAGGCACGCACUCUACCCCUGAGCUGAAUUAUUUUUAUUUUGAGACAGGCUCUCAGUAAGUUGUUCAGGCUGGUACUGAACUUGUACAGCCCAGGCUGGCCUGACAUUUGAUACUCCUGUGUUAUCUUCCUGAGCAGCUAGGGUUACAUGCCUGUUCCUCUCGGUUUGGUACUUGUCUCAGAUGGUUGGUUUGUUAGAUGUUUAUAAGAUGAAAAGAUUGGUGUUUUAGCCCAGCAUGUUGGCACAGGCCAUUAAUAGCAGCACUCAGGAGGCAAAGGCAGGCUGAUUUCUGUGAGUUCAAGGUCAGUCUGAUCUACAAAGUGAGUUAUAGGACAGCCAGGACUAUUACACAGAAAAACCCUGUGCCAAACAGAAAGAAAGGAAGAAAGGAAAGAAGGGAGGGAGGGAGAAAAGAUUACUGACUUUGGGAUCUAAAUAAAUGUCAACAUUGCAGUUAUCAAGUCUAAUUUUUGGUGACACUGUGUCCCUAUCUGGUUCAGCUGUGUCUUCACAGUAGCACUGGUAAGCUGUGUCUCCUCUGGUUGCUGGAGGCUGGCACUAGAUACAGGCACAGGUGUGUCCAACACACAUCCAGGACAGCUAUGAGUGCAGCCACAACACAGUUAAAGACCAAGUCCUGUCAGUGUGUAACAGGGUUAGGUGUUCCUGAUAGAGGUCUAAACAGACUCAAGAUCGUCUGGGCCUGAAUCCCUCCCACAUGCCGCUGUAUUCUUUAACGAGGAAGCACAGAACACUGGCUGUCGUCUUCUGUGGUAUCAGUGACCCCUGACCCUAGGCUUUCACUGGGGACUGUGGAACUUGGGUUCAAAGUCUCCCUCCUUAUCUUUUUAUCUGUGGGCAGCCUUUCCCUAUAGAUAAUGGUGCCCAGCUGGGCCACUUUUAUGAGGAUGGGAGGGUCAGCUGCUGAGUCUCAGACUUCGUUUUUUUAGAGAAAAGUUGGUUCUCUACCAUCCCACGGGAAGCUGAUAUCCCCUCCCCCCUUAUCACUCUGUGUGUGUGUGUGUGUGUGUGUGUGUGUGUGUGUAUGUGUGUGUGCAAGCAUGCACAAUUUUGAGAGUCAGUUCUUUUCCAAGCCUUUAUAUGGAUUGCAGAAAUUGAACCGUUUGUCACGUUAGUGAGGCAAGUCCAUCUCCUCUCCUGUUGCUGAUCUCAUAGCAAUAUAAACUCUUAUUUAAAUGCAGGUAAAAUGCUUGAUGCAGGACAAGGGUUGUUAGAACAGUUUAUGGAACAGAGUGUCUCUGUGAGAUGUUCAAGCGUUUGUAAAUACAGACUCAGACUCAGACUCAGACACAGACUCAGACACUGACACAGACUCAGACACAGACUCAGACACUGACACAGACUCAGACACAGACACAGACUCAGACACAGACACAGACUCAGACUCAGACACAGUCUCAGACUCAGACACAGACUCAGACACAGACACAGACUCAGACACAGUCUCAGACUCAGACACAGACACAGACUCAGACACAGACACAGACUCAGACACAGUCUCAGACUCAGACACAGACUCAGACACUGACAUAGACACAGACUCAGACAGUCUCAGACUCAGACACAGACUCAGACACAGACUCAGACACUGACACAGACUCAGACAGUCUCAGACUCAGACACUGACACAGACACAGACUCAGACACAGACUCAGACACACACACAGACACAGACUCAGACACAGACACAGACUCAGACACAGACUCAGACUCACAGUCUCAGACUCAGACACAGACACAGACUCAGACACUGACACAGACACAGACUCAGACACAGACUCAGACUCAGACACAGUCUCAGACUCAGACACAGACUCAGACACAGACACAGACUCAGACACAGACUCAGACACACACACAGACACAGACACAGACUCAGACACAGACUCAGACACAGACUCAGACACAGACUCAGACACAGACACAGACUCAGACACAGACUCAGACUCAGACACAGACUCAGACACAGACUCAGACACUGACACAGACACAGACUCAAGACACUGAUACAGACACAGACUCAGACACAGACUCAGACACAGUCUCAGACUCAGACACAGACUCAGACACAGACACAGACACUGACACAGACACAGACACAGACUCAGACACUGACACAGACUCAGACUCAGACACAGACUCAGACACUGACACAGACACAGACUCAGACACAGACACAGUCUCAGACACUGAUACAGACACAGACGCUGACACAGACUCAGACACAGACAGACUCAGACACUGACACAGACACUGACACAGACACAGACACAGACUCAGACACUGACACAGACACAGACUCAGACACAGACUCAGACACAGACACAGUCUCAGACACUGAUACAGACACAGACUCAGACACAGACUCAGACACAGACGCUGACACAGACUCAGACACAGACAGACUCAGACACUGACACAGACUCAGACUCAGACACAGACUCAGACACAGACACAGUCUCAGACACUGACACAGACACAGACUCAGACACAGCCCAAUAUAAGGGAAUAGUAAGGAGAGCAGAACGCAUGACCCCUCUCCAGGCCAUGCCUAGCUCGUCAGCUCCCAGCUUCCCAGGCUUCCUCAGUGCACACAUCUUCAAGGUUGGUAAUAACACCCAUGGAUGUUUUCUGUAGGUAGGCAAAGCAGUCAGGAUUUAUGGCCUCACAAUUUAUAGUAGACAUUUGGAAAAGUUAGCACGCAUAAAUUUUUAUGUUUUGUUUCAUUUUGAGACAGGGUUUCCCUGUGUAGCCCUGGCUGUCCUGAAACUCACUGAGACCCAUCUUUCUCUGCUUCCCGAGCCCUGGGAUUAAAGGCACUGCCACUGCCUGUCUGGGUUUUGUUGUUGUGUUUUGUUUCAAGACAGGGUCUCACUAUGUAGUUCUGUGAAACUAUAUAGCCCAGGCUGGUUUGAAACUCACAGACAUUUGCCUGCCUCUGCCUCCUGAAUGCUGGGAUUAAAGGUGUGCACUGCCACGCAUACUUUAGACUUUAUAUGCAUUUAUUGUGUGCGUGAAUGUGCCAAAGCACGCAUGUCAAAAUCAAAGGACAACUUAGAGGAGUUGGUUCUCUCUCCAUCACUUGGAUCCUGAGGAUAAAACUCAGCUCCUCAGGACUGCAGCAAGUACCCUAACCACUGACCACACAUAAAAUCUAAGGAAAAACUUUAUUUUUAACCAUAAUUAUUCCUGGGCUAUAUCUGCUUGCAAGAGAUGUUGAAACUACCAUCCUUGUUUUGGCCUACAUCAAUUUCACAGUAAUGCUUUCCCAGUAACUGCCACACCCGAGGCCACAGCUAGGAGCAGGACACGAUAGAGAUGAACCCGUGGCCAUGUUGUGUCUGACGUGCAGACUUGCCGCUUCACCACUUGCUGAGUUACUUUGUGCUCCUUCUCCGUGUGGAGGGAGGUGGGGCACCAGCUGUGGCACAAAGCCCCACCACAGCCUGCCCUACCGUGACCUGCACCACCUGCCUCCCUGGGAUCACUUGGUUUUGGUCACAGUGCUUAAGAGGAUUUUUUCCAUAUCCUUUGACUUGGCUCACACAUCAGUAAUCCAUUGCUCUGUGUUGUUCCCCCAUUUGGUAUCCGUGACAAGAGUAAUUUAAAAAGAGGACACUGUCAAUCAUCAGCGCUGACCUUUAAGAAGCUCACCUGAUCUGCAGAGGUGGCCAGCUUCCCCUAGGGCCACCGGCUGUCAGCACAUCACAUACUUCCUUGAUGUGGCUGAGAAUUCCCGAAGUCCUCAGCUGCUUCUGCCUUCCACGGUGCCUCUUCUUGCUCCACAGUGGACUCUGGCAUGGAAGGGCUGUGCCCUGGUCCUACUGUUGAUGUGGGGCAUGGCAGAGACCUCGGCCAGAUGUAAGACCAUCCUGUCUCGUUUAUCUAGUGGGGUUUCCACUUCCUCCUUUCUGUCCUAGACAAAAAGACAUCCCACCUGGCCUAUACACAAGCGAAAAUGAGUGUGGCUGUGCAUACUGAGUUUUGAGGCUGCUGACUGCAAAGGAAAGGUGAGGCCGUGUAAUGUCAAGGCUUCUUUUCUUCUCAGAGGAGUUAUUCCUGUUUAGACUAACCCUGUGUCCACUGACGCUCCAACCACAGAGCAGGCCGAGAAUCCUUUACCCCAAGGAAAUGUACCCCUGUUGAGUGGCUCCAGUUGUGGGGGUCCCCAUGUGCAAUUGGUGCUCAGGCCCCAGUUGCUGCCUAAGCCCUAACCUUUCUGCUGGUUGGAAAUAAAGUACCCAGGAGCUCCCAGGAGCAGGGAGUGGGUGGCAGUCUUGCCAGUACUCUUGGCUACCAGAUGCUGAGAAACUAAGGAGUGGGGCCUAUGCCAAAAGCCCUAAGAGUCACAUCUUACUGAAGCUUCUAUGUCUGUGCCUGGCCUCAGAUACCUUUCUCUGCACAUUGGUCUGCUCCCAUUCCUACCAUUAAUCUCUCAGAUGCGUGAAAACCUGAGUUGUGCUGAGCCACCAGGUGCCACAGCCACCUCGCUGUGUGUGGGAACCAGGUGCUGACACACGUCUAUCCCAGCCUCAGGUUGAGAGCAGGAGCAUGGGCGCUCAGUUUUGAAAGACUUGGAUGGGGCUGGAGUACAGUUUGCUGCCAAGCACCUUAUGACCAGCACACGCCUGUGAACUCAACACAGGAUUCCAGAAUGUGCAAGGUGGAGGCAGGAGGAUCAGAAGAUGAAGAUGGGGCUCCUGGCAGCCGGAGAGGCAGAUGGGUGAGUGGAUCUUUGACUUGUGCAUGAGAGACACAGGAGAUGUGCCCCAGUGCUACUGUGAAACAGGCUUCCUGGGGUGUCUUUACCUUUAUACUGUUAAUUCUCUCUAGUCCUGCACACCAGGUGGCCUGGCCAGCUGGCAGGGACUUUGCUGACCUUAGCCUUUUUCCGACUGCUGACCUCUAGGCUGUCCUGCUUUAGGAUGUAUCUACCCAACCUCCCAUAGCCGCCUGUUGUAACGCACUACUUCCCUUCUCUCUGGGCACACAAGCUUUUCCUGCAUCAGGAAGGGUCAGUCCCUAUAACGUGUUCGGAUUGUCCUUGGAGAGCCAACGACCCCUCGGCAUGGAGCUUUUGCUGGAGGAUAAAUGGUACCCCAAAAGAUGUGCACACCCUAAUACCUGACAAGAGAGAACCUGGUGGGAACUGGGAAGAUGGCUCAGUUGGUAAAGUGUUCACCCGAAGCAUAAGAGCCGGAAUCAGAUCUGCGACUCCCAUGUAUGAGCAGCAUGACAGCGUGUGCUUGUAACCCCAGCACUAGGAGACACAGGGGAUUCUGGGGGCUACCUCCCAGAUGCUGAGCUCUAGAUUCAGUGAGAGACCCUGUUUCAAACAGUGGAGAGUGAGAGAGGAAGACACAUGUCAACCUCUGGCCUCCUGUGCAGUUUAGAAGAGAGGACCAAGGACAGGACUAGGGUGAGAUGGGACCAACAUCCUGGCCAUAUCCAAGGGGAACAUAAAGCAGCUCCACCAGGUCAAGGGACAGCUGACCCAGGAAUCUCCCCCCGAGUGGGGCGCGUAUGGCCCUGCAGACACCUGGGUCUUGAACCUCUGGCUACAGAGCUCUCUGGAUUGUGGUAGCUUGUUAAAGAAACCUACAGGAUAAACAUAAAGGAACUGUCAAGGAUUGAAAAAAAAUGGCAAGACCUAGCCCUGAGUUACUCUGUCCUGUGAUGUAGACACUUGGGGAUCCCUUGAGCUUCUUCAGGAAGAAUUUUCAUCACCCAGCAUUUCCCAUCUGGAGGUUCUAGCAUCUCCAGACUUUGGAGCAGCUGUCUCAAGAAUCCAUGUUGAGCAUGGCAGUGUCUGGAAUUGAGCUCUGGCUCCAAGGGGACAUUGAACCCCUGGACCAGAUACAUAGAUGAGCCAAUGCGGCCAGCCCUGCCUCCCGUUCCUACUGCCACCCUGGUAGUGAGGGCAGGAUGGGCAAAGGACACAGGUUUAUAGCCAUGCAUAAACAAGCUAUCAGGCUGUUUUUACAGCAAGAGGCACUGUAUCUGUUGAUGUCAGCACGUGCUAUCAGCCUGCCCAGGGCCCCAGUGGGAUGGCCACACAGGCAGCCCCAUUGUUCUGUGCUCUCAGGUGAAGGGCGCACAUGUGCCCUGGGGAGGUCAUAACUGCCUGAGCCUUUAAAACUGGCAGAGCACUGCAGGCUGGCAUUGCCUGGGCAGUGACCUGGAGAGCUAGCAGACAUCUCUGUGUCAGCGGUGAGUGAGCUCCCCUUGUUCAUCGACAGUUCCAGAGCAGACUCGGGGCUCAUCAUACCAACAGAGCAGGUCUGUUCUGGCUACUGCAGCCAUCUGAGUGGCUUUCAGGAUGAGGUACACAGGGCUGAUGGGAAUACUGCUCACCCUGGUCAACCUGCUGCAGCUGGCUGCGACUCUGAGAAUUGCAGCCUUCAACAUCCGGACUUUUGGGGAUACUAAGAUGUCUAAUGCCACCCUCUCUAGCUACAUUGUGAAAAUCCUGAGUCGCUAUGACAUUGCUGUGGUCCAAGAGGUCAGAGACACUCACCUGGUUGCUGUUGGGAAGCUACUGGAUGAACUCAAUCGGGACAUCCCUGACAACUAUCGCUAUAUAAUCAGUGAGCCGCUGGGCCGCAAAAGCUACAAGGAACAGUACCUUUUUGUGUACAGGCCCAGCCAGGUGUCUGUUUUGGAUAGCUAUCAUUAUGACGAUGGCUGUGAACCCUGUGGAAAUGACACCUUCAGCCGAGAGCCAGCCAUUGUCAAGUUCUUUUCCCCAUACACUGAGGUCCGAGAGUUUGCGAUUGUGCCCUUGCACUCAGCCCCAACAGAGGCUGUGAGUGAGAUCGAUGCCCUCUACGAUGUUUAUCUAGAUGUCCGGCAAAAGUGGGGCCUGGAGGACAUCAUGUUCAUGGGAGAUUUCAAUGCUGGCUGCAGCUACGUCACUUCCUCCCAAUGGUCUUCCAUUCGCCUUCGGACAAGCCCCAUCUUCCAGUGGCUGAUCCCUGACAGUGCGGACACCACAGCCACAUCCACACACUGUGCUUAUGACAGGAUUGUGGUUGCUGGAGCUCUGCUCCAGGCUGCUGUUGUUCCCAGCUCGGCUGUCCCCUUUGACUUCCAAGCAGAAUACAGACUUACCAACCAGAUGGCUGAAGCCAUCAGUGACCAUUACCCAGUGGAGGUGACACUCAGAAAGACCUGAUGUCAUUGAGUUCAGCCACACUGCUUCCGGUGAGGAAGAGUCCACCUCACCUAUGUGUGGUACUGCGGCAUUCCAACACCUCGGCACAGGGAAUGUCUACCACGCGGACUUAGAAAUACUGUUUAAUUGGAGUAAAUAAAGCUGAGCCUGAGCAGGUA